UAGGGAACCCUCAACAGUUCUUGGAGCAGGAGGGUAACAUAAUUGAGUCUGUUUUAGAGACCUACCCCUAGCAGGAGUGUUUAUUUGAAAAAUUCCAGAUGACUAAUGCCUGCCUUGAACCAGUACUGCUGCCUGCUGGGAUGAAUAGCAGUCUUUUCAUGCAGGAGGGGAGCCAUGAUUAUAAAAAGUCUGAAUACUGAAGCCUCCUAAAGCUGUUCAUGAAAGGAAUUGAAAGAACUGGUGUAACCAGGGAACUGGAUGCGUCAAAUUGAAGGGAAAUAGCUUACAUGCUCCUGCCGCUCAAUGCCAGACCAGGGGUUGGAGGUGUCCGCUCUCGAGUUGGGAUCCAGCAGGGCUUUCUCAGCCAGCCAACACGCACAGCCACCUUCCAGCAGAGAUUUGAUGUGCGGCAGAAAAUUGGCCUCUCGGAUGCCCGGCUCAAGCUAGGAGUCAAGGAUGCCCGGGAGAAGCUUUUGCAGAAAGAUGCUCGGUUUCGGAUCAAAGGAAAAGUGCAGGAUGCCAGAGAGAUGUUGAAUUCCCGCAAGCAGCAGACCACUGUGCCCCAGAAGCCCCGCCAGGUAGCUGAUGCCCGAGAGAAGAUCAGCUUGAAGAGGAGUUCUCCUGCUGCCUUCAUGAACCCACCCAUUGGGACAGUGACUCCUGCUCUGAAGCUCACCAAAACCAUCCAGGUUCCACAGCAGAAGGCCAUGGUACCACUUCAUGCCCAUCCUGCUGGAAUGAGGAUCAAUGUUGUCAAUAACCACCAGGCCAAACAGAAUUUAUAUGAUCUGGAUGAAGAUGAUGAUGCUGUAGCUCCUAUUUCCACAAAACAGAUGAAGUUUGCAGCGUCAGGCAGCUUUCUCCAUCAGGUGGCUGGGCUGAGCAGUUCCAAGCUUUCUGUGUCCAAGGCCCUCCCUCUCACCAAAGUGGUUCAGAAUGAUGCAUACACAGCUCCUACUCUCCCCUCCUCCGUUCGAACAAAAGCCUUGACCAACAUGUCCCGGACACUGGUGAACAAGGAGGAAACCCCCAAAGAGCUGCCACCUGCUGAGCCUGUCCUCAGCCCUUUGGAAGGCACCAAGAUGACUGUGAAUAAUCUGCACCCUCGAGUCACUGAGGAAGACAUCGUUGAGCUUUUCUGUGUGUGUGGAGCCCUCAAGCGAGCUCGGCUGGUCCAUCCUGGGGUAGCAGAGGUGGUCUUUGUGAAAAAGGAUGAUGCCAUCACUGCAUAUAAGAAGUACAAUAACCGGUGUCUGGAUGGGCAGCCGAUGAAGUGCAACCUUCACAUGAAUGGGAAUGUUAUCACCUCAGACCAGCCCAUCCUGCUGCGGCUGAGUGACAGCCCCUCAGUGAAAAAGGAGAGUGAGCUGCCUCGCAGGGUGAAUUCUGCCUCUUCAGCCAAUCCUCCUGCUGAAGUGGACCCUGACACCAUCCUGAAGGCACUUUUCAAGUCCUCAGGGGCCUCUGUGACCACACAGCCCACAGAAUUCAAAAUCAAACUUUGAGCAGGGGAGUGAGACAGCCAGAACGGGGGCAGAGGAGGGUGGCUCUGUUUCCCAAGGCAAAGCUCGUGACCAAUGGCCAUCGGACUGGAGACCCCCAAGUGUGGGAAGGGUUGCCAGGGUAGAGAGCUUCCUCACUGGAUGGGACCUGCCUUUCUGUGUUGUUCUGCCCUGUGCUCUCCUGUACGUUAACAAUUCCGUAGUGUGUGUUUUCUCCUCUCCACCUCAUCACCAAGGUAGGCUUGUGUUUCUCAGAGUGUGCCUCCCCCGGCCUCAGCCCCAAGCUGGUUGCUUAUCUGGAAAUGGUACACUAAAUUCUCUGGCUGUCUUGUGGCCCCGUGGGAUGUGGGGCAGGAGCUGUUUGAAGGACUCUGCUUUUUCCAGGGACUGAGGGGUUAUCUUUCCUUUCUGGUUUUUAAGCUUUUCAAACAAAGGAGGGAGUGGAAACCUCUGCUUUCCUAAUGGGAUCCAGGUCCGCUUAGGAGCUGUGCCGCUCACCCACCUGGCCAUCAGUGGGGGUGGCAUAGCUGGGGAUCAGGUCACAGGCCUCUUUUCCUCUCACCACUGACUCCAGGCCUGGCUAGGUGCAAGGGCAGGAUGAGGCGCUGCUCUAGUAGAGAGUGCACCCGCAGCUCUGGUUUGGAGAGCCCGCGCUGCCUCGCCCAACCCAGAGCAAAUUCUUGAGAGUCCACGUUUCUUUUUUCCUUGAGUUGUGCUGAAUGCCCCACCCCAGUUCUCUUGGCCUUCUUGGCGUCGCUGCUGGGAGGGGCUUGCACUGUUAACCCUCCCAGCUCUCACUUAGCGUGGCGCUCAUCGUGCCCUGGUUUUGGUGCAAAUGGCAGCUCCCUUGCAGUCUGGGCACACAAAGACUCUGCCUCCCAUUCUGCAACACUGAGUUUGGGGGAUUAUGUGAGUGGGAGGUGCUGGUGUGCUCCUGGCUCUUCCUUUCUGGCCUCAGUAGUCUACAGGUCAGUAGUCAGGGAUGGCUGGAGGCAUAUAUCCAGCUGCUACCAAGGGGCACUGUCCCCACUUUUGUGAGUGACCCAUCCGUCCAUGCAGAGGGGUAUUUUCCUGCCUUGGCAGUGGGGGAGUAGGGGAGGGGGUACCCUAGGGGACUGUUUCCCCAGUGUGGGGCAAAACUAUAGAACCCAGGGACAGUCUCUGGAUACCAGGACAGCAUUGCUCCAAGCGUUGUGUGUCAUUUAGCAGUCCCCUGCUGGUUUGUUGGGACUGUAAAGGGAAUCCAGGCUGGUGCAGAGCCGGAACAUGUUUGGGAGCAGGAUUCUGGGAGCUCUACAGUCAGCAGCAAGUACUGUGGAAGGCACAAGCCUAGAGAGAGAGUACAGGGAACCUGAGACAUUAAGAGCCUCUCAGGACCUGCUUGAGGCUGGCCCGGAGAGGUAGAGCUUAGGAACUCGUGUUUCCACAGUUACAUCCGCCAGGCAGCAAGGACUCAGCUUUAGUCCUCAGGCUCUGAGGCUGCCCAGGCCGAGGAGGUCCUGAUGGUGCUCCACUCUCUGGCUCUUUAAAGAAAGCCACAGUUUUCCCCUUACCCACUUCCAGUGGGCACAGACUUCCUUCUCUUUAGCAGCUGGAAGACAUUCCUCUCAUGCUUUACCCUUCCUGGCCCAAGAGAGCACCCCAGAGGCAGUAGGACCUGAUUUCCCAGGUACUGGGAACAGUCAGUCAGGUCACUUCCUGGACACGGCUUAGAGAAGGGCUGCCAAACACCCUGCCCAAGAGGUGUCCCCCUCCCCUAUUACUCCCAGGCCAGACUGCUCUGGUUCUCACAGGGUUUCACUGGGCCCAGCUGCAGCUGCCUGGCCAUCUGGUGCUCAGUUUCUGGGUGACCAUAUGGUACGUUGAGGGGGGAGGGGGCCUGUUUGUGCCUCUGUUCGAAAGCCGUCAUCUUGGGAAAUGGAAGAGAAGGCGGCGGGCCAAUCCUGUGUCCUCCACCUCCCGCUCCCCUACACUACCUGUCUGCGUCUCGUUCAGAAGGAGAGGAAGAGGCAUUAAGGGAUGGAGGGUGACUAUGUAUUACUUAUCCAUUUCUGAAUAAACGUUUGUUAUUCCUA